GAGGCGGCACCUGCGCCCUGGGGCGGGUGUCCGGCGCCGUCGGGCGACGGCUGUGAGAGCGAGGCUAGCGGAUUCGGCUUCGGGCCGAGAACCUUGAAGAAUUUUGCAGAACCCUGCUACCUAUGGACUCUGAAAUGAGCUUCAUGUAAAGAAACCCCCGACGUGUUCAUGAACAAAACAUGAGUCAGUUUGUGUUGUGGCAUUCACAUCCUCACACUUCGGGAGAGGGUUUGGACUCCCCUCUUGCAUCAGACAUCUAUCCCCAUAAUCCUCUGAGUGUCGUCUCAGGACCUGGGCUACCCUCAUGGCACAAUGGCCAACCCUCAGGAGCCCCUGAGCUGCGCCUACUCAUCACACUUACCCUUGACUGAGAACAAAACCUCUAGUGAACACCAUGAACUUGCAGCUAUGGGACACCACCCUUCACCCAAGCUCCCCGAGGACCCCCAGGAGAAGGCUAUGCAGCCCGAGCUGCUGGAGAUCACGGGCAGCCCCAUCUCUACAGCAGUGCUGACCAGUGUAAGUGAGGAUUCCAGAGGCCAGUUCGAGAACAGCGUUCUUCAGCUAAGGGAGCAGGAUGAAUCAGAGAUGACAGUGUCCCCAGGGAACAGCAGCACGGCGGAUGGAGAGAACACUAACGGGACUGAAGACAUCAAGAUCCAGUUCAGCCGGUCAGGCAGCGGAGGCGGUGGGUUUCUCGAAGGACUGUUUGGGUGCCUCAGGCCCGUGUGGAACAUCAUCGGGAAGGCGUAUUCCACGGAUUACAAACUGCAGCAGCAAGAUACCUGGGAAGUGCCGUUCGAGGAGAUCUCAGAGCUGCAGUGGCUGGGCAGUGGGGCCCAGGGAGCUGUCUUCCUGGGAAAAUUCCGGGCAGAGGAGGUGGCCAUCAAGAAAGUAAGAGAACAAAAUGAGACGGACAUCAAGCACCUGAGGAAGCUGAAGCACCCCAACAUCAUCGCCUUCAAGGGAGUUUGCACCCAGGCCCCGUGCUACUGCAUCAUCAUGGAGUACUGUGCCCAUGGACAACUUUACGAAGUCUUGCGAGCUGGCAGGAAGAUCACGCCUCGUUUGCUCGUGGAUUGGUCCACGGGAAUUGCUAGUGGGAUGAAUUAUCUCCAUCUCCAUAAAAUCAUACACCGUGACCUCAAGUCACCAAAUGUUUUAGUGACUCACACAGAUGCAGUCAAAAUUUCAGAUUUUGGUACAUCCAAGGAACUCAGUGACAAAAGCACCAAGAUGUCCUUCGCGGGGACAGUCGCGUGGAUGGCGCCUGAGGUGAUCCGGAAUGAGCCCGUCUCUGAGAAGGUUGACAUAUGGUCUUUCGGAGUGGUGCUCUGGGAGCUGCUGACAGGGGAGAUCCCCUACAAGGAUGUGGACUCGUCAGCCAUUAUUUGGGGUGUCGGGAGCAACAGCUUGCACCUCCCAGUUCCCUCCACUUGCCCAGAUGGAUUCAAAAUCCUUAUGAAACAGACAUGGCAGAGUAAGCCUCGCAACCGGCCGUCCUUUCGGCAGACGCUCAUGCACCUGGACAUUGCCUCAGCAGAUGUGCUCGCCACCCCGCAGGAAACUUACUUCAAGUCUCAGGCUGAAUGGAGAGAAGAAGUGAAGAAGCACUUUGAGAAAAUCAAAAGUGAAGGGGCCUGUAUCCACCGGUUAGACGAAGAGCUGAUCCGCCGGCGCAGGGAAGAACUCAGACAUGCGCUGGAUAUUCGAGAACACUACGAACGAAAGCUCGAACGGGCCAACAAUCUGUACAUGGAGCUGAGCGCCAUCAUGCUGCAGCUGGAGAUGCGGGAGAAGGAGCUCCUGAAGCGAGAGCAAGCAGUGGAAAAGAAGUAUCCUGGGACCUACAAGCGGCACCCUGUCCGUCCAAUAAUCCACCCGAAUGCCAUGGAGAAGCUCAUGAAAAGGAAGGGUGUGCCUCACAAGGCUGGAGUGCAGACUAAGAGGCCAGACCUGUUACGGUCUGAAGGUAUCCCCAAUGCAGAAGUAGUUCCCACUGCGUCCCCUCUGUCUGGAAGUCCCAAAAUGUCCUCGUCAAGCAGUAAGAGCCGAUACCGAAGCAAACCACGUCACCGCCGAGGGAAUAGUAGAGGCAGCCAUGGUGACUUUGCGGCAAUCUUGAAAAGCCAGCCGACCCAGGAAAAUGCAUCCCACCCCACCUACCUACAUCACGCUCAGGCUCCAUGCCCCUCCCUCCAGCAGCAAUGCCAGCAACCCCCUUCUGACCUGCCUCAGAGCCACCACCCCAGACUCAAUAUGCAUGGGCAGGACAUUGCAACCUGUGCCAAUAACCUGAGGUAUUUUGGCCCAGCAGCAGCCCUGCGGAGUCCACUCAGCAACCAUGCACAGAGACAGAUGCCGGGCUCCAGCCCAGACCUCAUCUCCACAGCCAUGGCGGCAGACUGCUGGAGGGGGCCUGAACUUGAGCAGGCUGGGCCCUGGGGCUGCUGUCAGACUGAAGCCUAUGACCCCUGUCUCCAGUGCAGACCAGAGCAUGCUGGGUCUUUAGAUGUCCCCACUACUGAGCCAGUGGGAAGCGGCCCGGACUGUUCCAGUUCACCAGCACACAAUCCUCUUUCGGGAAACGCCCAAGACGCUGAGAGAAUGGAGGCCAAUGGAUUCAAUGGCUGCCAAUCUGGUAUUUCUCAUCAGUACACACCCCCAAUACUACCUCAAAAGACACGGCCCCUCCAGAAGAGUGGAGAUGACUCCUCGGAAGAAGAAGGGGAAGUGGACAGCGAAGUGGAGCUUCCUCGGAGACAGAGGCCCCACCGCUGUAUUCGCAGCUGCCAGUCAUACUCAACCUUUAGCUCCGAGAACUUCUCUGUGUCUGACGGAGAGGAAGGGAACACUAGUGACCACUCAAACAGCCCCGAUGAGUCCGCUGACAGACGGGAGGACCGCCUGGCUGAGAAACUAGCCGACCUGCUGUCCCAGACGCCUGAGGCUCCUAUUGAGAUCUCCUCUCACUCAGACGGGCUGUCUGACAAGGAGUGUGCGGUCCGGCGCGUGAAGACACAGAUGUCCCUGGGCAAGCUGUGUGCUGAGGAGCGUGGCUACGAGAACCCUGUGCAGUUUGGAGACUCGGACUGUGACUCUUCAGAGGGGGAGUGUUCGGAUGCCACUGUUAGGACCAGCAAGAACUACAGCUCUGCUACUUGGUGACAAAGGCUCUCCGUCCGAAGACUUGGACGCUGGCAUCUCCAAUCCUCUCCAGCCCUAGACUCCUCCCACCUGCAUUUGUCCAGGAGGAGUGGCCCCAUCCAAGAAACAAGCCACACUGACAGAAACAUGAGAUUUGUCAAAUCUCUGGGAAAAUACCCAAAUGAAAUUCCAUCUCACUGAGCAUUUCAAUCAAGAAUGGCAGGGAUCUAUAGUACUGAAUACUCCAGCUACUGUAACAUUGAUAUUUAUUUUUGUUGGACAUUUUAACACUUUGUAUUGUAAAGAGUGAACUAUAUAUGAUAACAGAUACAAUAAUUUCUUUACAAAAAAAAAAGGAAAGGAAAGAGGGUCUUUAGGAGCAACAUUGGAGUUUGUGGGGCUGGGAGGUGUCACUGUCCCUUAAACACGGGACCAGGUCUUUUGUCCAUGCUUGAAGAGUUGUAACGAGACACACUGAACAUUUACAAGCCAAAAGAAAUGCAGCCAUGUUAAGUUCAACGGCUCGUCUGUGCAACGGAUGGAAAUGACCUAAAGCUGAGUGAUCCGAUAGCCCCAAAGCCUUGGAGCGCACGCACUUCCUCUGAGAGGAAAAAGCAAACAGAACUGGAACCGCACAUCUGGAAACGACUUCACUUCUUAAACACUAAGCAGAAUCUGGCAGUAAAGGUUAUGGUAUCAUCAGGUCUUGCCCUUAGCAAAAGCUUGCCUUUAAACGCUGCCACCAUCAGGACCUCGACCGGCGUGGUCUUUCAGACUCGGGUGCCAUUUCUUCUUCCUUUCCUUCCACCUGUUGGCACCUGUUUCAGGAAGGGGAAGGGGUCUUGAAUGGGACAGGAGGACACUGAGUGGCAUUAGGAAAACAUACCUGCAAAACUUCUUCUUCAGGAGGGCCGUGUUCAGCGAUACAAGCAAGAUGGCGCAACCCCUCAGGGGACCAGGUUGUCUAUCUCCUGGAAUCAUAUUGAUUCACACAGACAGCAGCUAGGACGUGUGUGUCCAGUGUCCAGUCCCAAACCAUCUUUAUUCUUGUUCUUGAUCUUACUUUAGCUUUGGUGGCUGUCUAUCAGUGUAGCAUACAAGACAAAGUAAGCAGCUUGCAGGAAGGUGGCCUGUCUCGCCACGUUUUGUUAAAUGCUUCUUGUAAAAUGCGGUUUGUUUUCAUUUGGAACCACUGCAGUUUUGUUUAGUGGGGUUAGGAAACUUGUAGAAGGAGCAGCUGAUGCUAAGCAGGAAUUAGGAUUACUUUAGUAUCUCAAAAGCAUGUGAUCCUUCCUGUGUCCAGAGUCCUGCCUGGGCUGUGAAAAGUACUCCAGGUAAUUUGUGGAGUAUUGGCUUGAAGCAGGAAAAGUCUCGCAGGCCGCUGAGGGCUGGAUUACAGGUGGGCCCCACCAUGCCUGGCUUAAAGAUGUCUUAUCUAGAAUUCGUGUACAUGUGCAGUGGCCUGAUUCCUGUCUCCAAUGCAGGCUUCUGCCAAAUCUGAACUUGCUAGAUUCUGACAUUUCAUCCUGUAAGGAUGUUAGGUUUUAAGACAUUCCAACCCCAGUGGAAAUGGUGCCCCUGGCCGGGGGUCACUGACUGCAUCAGCCAAAAAUGAAAAGCAGGAGGGGACUUAGAGCCGGCCUUCUGUUUAACCUCUCCUUUGUUUACACUUUAUGUUGAGACAUUGAUUUUGAAUUUUAGUGUCUAUAAUUUUUAGCUCAUAGGAAGGAUGAAGGAAAAUGUUUAACUUGGAAAGCAGUAUUGUUUCGUUAAAUUAUUCCAUUUUGUAUGAACUGUAGCAGGACUACACAGGAGAGCUUAAGUUAUGACAUUCUUAUCCUUGUUGUUUUACUUUAUGUUGUCAUAAUUUUCUGUUGACCAGAAGGUGUGGCGUAUGAUGUAGCACAAUGACUGUUUCUUGUAACCAUGGAUUAUUAUGGACUUCUGUGGGCCUAGUGAAGGGGUGGGGAUGGAGCUGCCUGUGGGAUGCCUGGCAUUCCUCAGUGCACUCCCUGGUGGUUUCCCUGGCUUCCUGGAUGCAGCAGAGGCUCUGAGGGGGUGUGUUCUGUCCCGACAAACGUUGGGUACACUGUGAUGCUUUUGUUUUUAACUGAUUGUAAAAACUCCGGAAUGGGCAGAUGACCAAGUUGAUGAACAAGUCGUUCAAAAGUCCCAAAAGUUAUAAACUUUCUCCUCCAAUGUCUUAGAAAUAAAAUCCUGGCACUGAAGUAGAGGCAAAAAGAGAUUUACUGCUCAGAGAGCAAGACAAAGCCUUUCUGCUCUGCGGAGGCUCAUGAGGCAGUUUCAGGAGUGCAGCAAAGCGGGUCAUCGCCUUCCCACUGAGCCCCACAGAUUGGGAAGAGCAGAAAGACUAGAACAAAGAGAAGUGCGUAAUGCGAGUCACGAUCCGCUUCUGGAAUAGACAUGAGCUCUAGGAGGGGGAGGCAUUUGGGGGUCACAGGGCUGGGGAAUGACAUCAGAGGCACUAUUCCCUCAUCCUCCAGCCUCAGGUCCCUUAUUCCUUGGAAUUGAGACUCUUUAUGUCUAACACAAAGCAGAACUAGCUGUUUACACAAAGGCCAACUUCUGUCUGGCACCUGGUCCUCCCAGGAAACGCACCUGCUACAUCAGUCUUCUUUCUGCAUUCCCGUCCUCCCCAUCCAUCACGCUAAGGUCACUUUUAUCUGGCUUAACUGUCAUAGGCAUGCUAGGGGUGUGGUGUGGACUCCAGUCCUUCGCUGUACCAUCAAGAUAGGAGUAAAACCCACACCUUUUGAGUAGAAUUACUGUUCUAAGCAAGGUUAAAGGGGAAAAUAGGCUUCCCCCACCUUCCCCGCAGAGCCUGCCCUGGAGCAGGAAACUGGAGUGUGUUUCCUUUAGAACACUGUAGUCAGCAGAACUCUGAGUGGAGAGCCAGGAACGUAAGAGCCAGCUCUUCAGUGCCCAUAGCUGCCGCCACGCGUUGGCGCUUUGAGAAGCCUUGCCAGGCCCAUCUCAAGCUUCGUCUCUGGGUGCAGGAUGAACACGAUCACUCUUUGGCCAUCUGGCUUGGACUGACUACCAAGGGGAGUUCCAGUUUUGCAUUGCAGUCAAGCACUGGAUUUUCUCCCUUCUUCUAGAUCAAGUCGCUGAACAAAAAUCCCUCUUAAAAACUGCUUAGCCCAGGAACAGAGUCCUGUGUCCACUUUGAAACAUAGCUCACCUGAGAGCCAGCUGCAGGACUGUGGGAGAGCCUGCACAGGGCACUGAAGUGAUGUUGUAAGGUGUCUUGAGUGGCCUGAUUGAAGACUGAGUAUUUUAAGCCUUUAGGUCCACCAAAUUCAUCCUGGAAUUAAGGUCAUUUUGAGUAGGUACUGUGUGCUACUUACUCGGGGCCCCACUGUGCUCUGCUGUCCCCAACCCACUCCAGGCGAUGGAGGUGGUGACUUCGGAGUCCAUGUCACUAACUCAGGGUUGUCAGUGUCCCCACAAGGUAGCACUGACAUCUUCUCAGUGGGAACGUGUUCCUAUUGAUUCUGUGAUUUACUGUUUUUUCUCAUGCUCUUAUGUCUCAAAUGUCCCUAUUUUUUUAUUCCUUGAGAAUUUGAUACUUGCAUACAAUGCAAUAUGAUCACAUUCACUCCGUUCCCCCUCCGUAGCCCACGCAAAACAUCCUCCUCCCAACUUCAUGGUUUUGUUUGGGGGUGGGGGUUAGGUUGUUGUUUUGGUCACUCGCCAAGUCUAGCAGUGCCGCCCAUGUGUGCAUGCAUAUGGGGACAUCCACAUGUAGGGGCAUGGGAAGCUAAGGGAUCCACUUCCACGGGAAAGGGGUGAUCCUCCUUCCCCCAGUAGCUGUCAGCUGCCAGGAGCUCAAAAUAGGGCGGGGCCUGGAGAUCGGCUUCCCACUCAAAUUCUCUUAGAGAAAGAAAAUUCUCGCUGGGUGUGGUGGCGUAUGCCUUUAAUCCUAGCUCUGGGAGAGGCAGAGACAGGUAGAACUUUGUGAUUUCAAGGUCAGCCUGGUCUACAUUCAAGCUGGUCAAAGAGACUUGAUGAGACACUGUCUCAAAAAAAAAAAAAUCUGCCCUGCAUCACAUAUACCAUGUUUAUUUCUCCAGAAACCAAAACACCACCCUAUGCCACCAUGGACCACCUCCACACUAAGCCCCAUGGCAGCAUCUUUUACUGAGCACUGUAUUGCUCCCUGCGGAGCCUUGCUACAGCCUCAGAGCCACUCACAGCAGCAUCUGGAGCAUCAGUCAUUACUGGUUGGAAGUUAUAUGCAAAGUGUUUAUUAACCCAGCUCUGCACUCACAACCGUUCCCUAAAGACAAGUCUAGACCCUCAGUUCCUGAUGGACAAGUCUAGGACCACACCAGUAACCUCCUAGGGUCCCCAAGGCUGACAGGGCAUGUCAUGACAAAGGGCCACUGCCAUCAUUCUUCCCCUUUGGACUGCAGACCAGUUGCCUAAGCACCAAUCGCAUCUCUACCCACACUGAGCUGUACCGGAUGAGCACACCCUUCCCUGUCUGGGAACUGAAGUGUGCAGUCUGUUACUUGCUUCCUCCCAAAAUGCUGUGAAACUUUGUCAAGACUUCAACUGUCAGUAUGGUUCAGCCUUCCCAGGCAGCAAGGUUUUUCUUUGCUGAUGUCAUCGAACAAACGUCCCAGUGUGCUUACCUCCCUCCAGACUGUCCCAUUGGAUGCGUUUGUUUGCUUCUCUGUAUAGCUUAAUUGGCACUGCAGAUGCCCCUUCAGACAAGAAUGGACUGAACUAGACUGCUGAGUGGUGGACCCAGUGGAACCCAGAACGUUUCUCAGGGACAGGUGGCCAAAGAGGAUAGCUCUCAGAAACAGGGAAAGAGCUGGGUUAGGCUUUGGUAAAUGCCACAUGCCUGGCAAAGGCGUGCCACUUGCCUGGCAAAGGCAUGUCAUCAGGAUUUCAGGUGCCACAUCCUCAGCAGCUGGCAAGGCCACUAUCAGGAAGCUUCCGGCACAAUCACAGCCCUACUCUCCAGGGCCCCUGCACAGUACUGGAGGUCACUGGUAUCCGGCCAGUGACCACAGUCCUCCCAUGGCCACAAGCCAGAGGGCCCAGCCACAUGUGCAAGCUAUUAGGAAAAGGUAUCUUGACCGUAUCACCCCGGGGGCUCUUCACCUUAGAACCCUACUUCCCAGCAGAUGAGGAAAUCUUUUGAGUCUUUUUUCAUUAAUGUAUGUAUGUCUUCCCCCACCCCUCCCUCUCUUUCUCUCUAUGAUUAUUUAUUACAAUAAUUUGAGCUCCUGUUGAUUCAGGGCAAAUGAAUUUCUUUCAAGUAUUAAAGUCUCAAAAUGAACUCCCUUGUCUCCUUGAAGCUCCCAGGUCCCCGGCUCCACGUCAUUUUCAGAUCUGGCUCUGGCUUUGUACCGAACAGCAAUGGGAACAAGAAUGAUUAUGAAAACAAACCAAUGCAUGAAAUUAAACAAAAAGUCUACCUGG